AGAGUACACAGCCGCUAUUGGGUUAGAGCACCGCCGUAACGCAUUAUCGAUGGAUCGAGGAUUGCUUCUCUGUGACGAAUUCCCUCAUUUGGCAGACCCCUAACCCGCAGGGAUAGGUUUUAUGCAGCGAAGCCCGCUUGUGAGAGCGCGCGAUACCCCGUCCACGGCGCCCCACAUCCCACCUGCGUAACGUCGCACAGCACAAUGGGUGCGCGCCCCUUUGCCUCAUCCACGACGACGACAACACCCUCGCCCAGCGCGCCAUGAACUCGGCCCCCUCACCACGCGCCGCCAAGCGUGCGCGCACCUCUCCCACCUUCUCCCAAUCCCCGCGCACCGUCGCCCCAGUCGCCGAGGCAUCCCCCGGCCAGCCCGCCGCGAAGACAACGGGGCAGAGUAGCAGCUUCCGCAAUGUGAGCGCGUGCAACCGCUGUCGUCUGCGCAAGAACAAGUGUGAUCAGCAGCUGCCGAGCUGUGCGAGCUGCACGAAGACGGGCGUCAAUUGCGUGGGAUAUGAUCCGAUUACGAAGCGGGAGAUACCCCGGAGUUAUGUUUUUUUCCUCGAGGCCAGGGUGGGAUAUUUGGAGGGCUUGCUGGGAGAGGUAGGCGUGCCAUUCGAACCGCCUGAGACGCUGGAAUUAACUUCGAGGCCGGGGCCGGAGCCUAAUGCACAAAAGGGAGAUGACGAUUCGAGUUCGAACCAGGGUCCAACGGUGAGACGAGGGACAGGAUGGAGCGAAAAGCAGGAGGAUGAGGACAAGCUGGAUAAUUUGGUGUCGAAUGUGGGUAUGAUAUCGGUGCAGGGUGCUUCAGACCCACGAUACCUCGGCUCGACGAGCGGCAUCUCGUUCGCGAGGAUUGUAUUUUCAGCUGUCAAGAGCUCAGUAUCGGGGUCGGGCGCGGAUAAGGGGGGCGCGAGGGCGCCGACAGCGAAGGCGCCGACAGCGAAGGCAGGGCCUAGCGGGACAUCUAUGCGGGACUCAUUUUUUGGGCUUCAGACUAAACCGACCAUCAAGCCGGCGCCAUUCCCGGACCGCAGCUUAGCGCUGCGGUUGAUGCGUUUCUAUUUCGAGCAUGCGAAUCCGCAGAUCCCGAUCCUGCACCGCGGAGAGUUUAUGAAGAUGUUUGACCUGGUGUUUGGGGACAGUAACCAUGUCCGCACACCAAGGGAGUCGUAUAUAAUGAACAUUGUGUUUGCAAUCGGCGCGGGGAUAUACCUGGGGGAUCCUAAUACGGAGCCGGAGUCACCUCCAACUGAUCCGGUGCCUAAUACGAGCGGGCUCGGGGCGGCUAAUAGGCAGUGCCAGCCGGAGGAGUAUCAUGCGUCAGCGAUUAUGCAUUUAGAAGCAUGCUUGCAGUCUACAGGGACGGCAGAUAGAGCAGAGGGGUUUGGCGGGGGGUUAGAGGAGUUGCAGGCUGUUCUCCUGCUGGCUGGGUUUGCGUUGUUAAGGCCGGUGGCGCCAGGGUUGUGGUAUAUCACCGGCGUUGCUGUGCGGAUAGCACUGGACCUCGGUCUGCACUAUGAAGACGGGAAAGAUAUUGAUACUGGGCUUCGCGAGCAGAAGGCAGGGAAAACCGGAAACGGCGAACCAGAAUCGUACUCCCGAGAGAAGGGAAGAAGAGAGUGGAUUCGUGACCUCCGCCGACGCCUCUGGUGGUGCACAUACUCCUUCGACCGGCUCGUGAGCACCUGCGUUGGCCGCCCCUUCGGCAUAUCCGACCAAGUAAUCACCACCUCCUUCCCCUCCCUCCUCGAAGACAAAUACGUAACCCCGCACGGCUUCCUGACCGAGGGCGCCUAUGAACCCUCUAGCAAGCACGUCGCUCACCACUACUUCCGCUUCCGCCUCCUCCAGUCCGAGAUCCUCCAGGUCCUGCAGCACCAGCAGGCACAGGCCGUGCGCGCCACCUCCGCGGACCCGUACAAUCCCUUCCUACCGGCGCAGCAGGCCUCGCCCUUCCUUGCGCCCUUCGGGUCGUUCCGCGCGUGGCGCCUGGACAUGGAUUCACGGCUGUGGGCUUGGAAGUCAGCGGCGCCGACGCGGCGCGAGACGGGUGUGCAGUUCUCGCAUGAAUUUCUAGAGCUGAAUUACUGGCAAGCGGUGCUGAUGGUUUAUCGACAGAGCCUGAGCGUGCCUGCGCAAUUUGCAGAGGAGUUUGAUGGCGCUGCGGAGGUGGGGGCGGGGGCGGUUGGGGAGGGAGAUGAGGCGGUGUUUUUGAAGGCUGCGGAGGCGGGGCAGAGGGUGUUGAGGUUGUAUUGGCGAUUGCAUCGCGUACAUCUCGUUAAUUAUACGUUCCUUUCUACACAUCAGCUUUUUAUGGCGGGGAUAUCAUUUCUUUAUGCUAUAUGGCAUUCCCCGACUGUGCGAAGCCGACUCACAAUGGAUGAAGUUGACUUCAAUAUCCUCGCUGCGACCUCCAUCCUCGGCGACCUCGUCGAGAAGUGUCCACCCGCCGAAGCAUGCCGCGACGCCUUCGACCGCAUGGCCAAGGCGACGGUACAGAUGUGCAUGUCAAGGAGCAGCCUAUCCGCGGCUCCAGGGCUAGCGCCACUGCGCGCACCGGAUGCGCCAACGUCGACGCCAGCGCCGAGACCCAGGCUGCAGUGUGGGUCGCCUGGGGAUUUAUACACUACGAGUCCACCGAGUGGGAGAGGGAACUCAGGGAGCAUCAAGAGUGAGAGCACUGGAGGGGACGGUGCCGAGGCUGAGGCAUCGAGGGGGCAUGUUCUGGAUCCUUCGAUUAUUCUCGGUGAAGAGAGAGAGCUUCCGUUCCUGGGAGAUGGAGGGAUGGGGGUGGAAGGCGGAGAUGCGUAUGGAGGAUAUGGAGACAUGGGAAUGAGCGAGAUGAACUCUAUGGAGUAUCUCGGGGAUGGUGGGGGUGGGCUGGAGCUGGGGUUUGGAUGGGGCGCAGAUGGAGAUGGGCACGAUUUUGGGGAUGGGGCGAACCAGCUGGACUUUUUUGAUGGGUUCUACUUUGGGACUGGGGUUUGAGGGGUGUAUGUUGAACUUGAUACCGGGGUUUGUAGGACGACGGCGUCUAUUGUGGGGAAUUGGCGUAUCGUAUAUGUUAAGGUUGAUGACAUAGGUGGUAUUAUGAAGCAAUCCAAA